AUUAUUUUUAGUCCCCAAAAAACCUUUUUUAAUCAGUUUUUUAUUUAAAAUGAGUGAUUUUUAAGUUCAAAUUCUUAAAGAAAUUAGACAAAUAACUUAAAAGCAUAAUUAUGAAAAGAUUUUUGUCGUUGAUAUUCCAGGGAAAGAACCUGAUGGAUAACCGUUUACCGCCAUAUGCAAACGAGACGAUGUCGUUUUAGCUGGUAGAAUUCUACUCCAUAAGACAAUAAUCUCGCUCCAGAAGAACGCACUGAAACUGCCAUGGCGGUUAUUAACUCCCUUAACAACCAUAAACCCUUCCUUACUUUAUCAACUCAACCCAAGAACCCUAAUUUCAUUUCCAUCAAUUUUGAUCCUCGAAUUCCAAAUCAAAUUUCCGGAUUUCGUUUUCCCGCCCACCGUAACCUUACCGCUAAUGGCUCGCUUCAAAACUCUGACCAAAACACUCCCCAAGGUGAUGAAGUUGAGAGUUUAGGAGUUAAAGCUGCGUUGUCCGUGCUGAAAUUCUACAAAAGGGAAAUCUCGCCUCUGAUACCAAAGAGUUGCCGUUUUGUUCCCACGUGUAGUGAGUACUCAAUGGAAGCUUACAAGAAAUAUGGGGUUGUAAAGGGCACAGUCUUGACAGCUUGGCGUCUUUGCCGUUGCAAUCCUCUUGGUGGGUCUGGUUUUGAUCCUCCAAGGUGGUUUGAUGAGGAAAGGCCGACAGAAGAAUGAGGGAUGUUGUUUUGGUUUUACUAAAGGUAAUAUCGGUGGAGGUUGUUUCAUUAGAAUGGAAAGGACACGUCGGUUUGUUGAAUGAACAUAGUUGUUUCCUGUGCUCCCAUGGCCAUAUAUUCUUUGCUAAUAUGUGAUCUAGUGUCUGAAUUUAGUUGUCCUGUUUAGUACAAAACAAUUGUACCUCCUCUUGCUGAGUAAAAUUUCUUGAACAAUAUUCAGGCAGUUGAUUUUCUUUCUGUCUAAAUUUCUCUUGCUUUGACAUUUGGAAGCAUGUAAUUGCUGCACAUGGGAGUGGACCUCUUGGUAGAGUUUGCCCUGACAAAGGGUUAACAGUCUUUUAUUUGAAAGUUGUUCUGCAAGAUCUUGUUUGUAUAAAUUUGGUACAAUAGAAUCAAGAGCAAAUGCUGUUCUAUUUGACAUGUA